AAGUUGUUGUCAUUAGAGCUAAUCUUUUUACCCUUUUUUCACCAGAGACGCAAACAAUAAGGCUUGCAAAAUUGUUCUCACUUUUUGUGAGCCGGCAGAGUUGACAAGUAAAGCAGUGCAAUUUGUGUUGUCCGUUUGUUGUGAUUUGUUCGGAGGUGACAAUUCGCCAACAUUGCUAAUAACUGGCCGGAAUUAGCUGCACCGGCACAAGGAUACUGAACUGUGAGCGACGAUUGCGCGCGCUGUGUAGGACAAGUGUGACAAACAAUCAACGAGUAACUGUCACGUGCAUGAGACUGAAGCGCGAUAAUUGUUUGAUAACAGGAGAGAGAGAGAAGAUUAUAGGAAUUGAGAGACACUUUUAAAUGAUUGAUUAGUUUAAAUAUUCUUCGUUAAUUUUUGGUUAUUGGCUAGUGUAUUAUUAUUAGUUUUUAAAAAGCUUUGGUUAUUGAGGGUUUAGCUGCAAUUAGAUAGUCUCGUAGUAUAUUUAAAUAACGACUUUGUUAGUAAAACGCGAUUUGGCAAUAGUUGUUAGUAAAACGAAUAAACAGAUUUAUGAUUGGCUCCGGUUAAAUGCAUCCUUGCAUCCGCGGUAAUUUUGCGAUCGAUCGCGCUUGUUUUCGAGCAAUGCUGUAAAUGUGCCUUGUAAAUUUGCAACCGGGAAUGGAACAGACUCCAGUUUCCUCGCCAACGACGGUAUCUAGUGGCGUAAUAGUACAGAGUUGUGCACCGGUAGACGAUGGUAGUAGCUUACUGGGGGGUGCUAGCGUUAGUGUAGGUAGUCUUUCCGACAGCAAUCUUAGCUCGACGACUGCAGUCCACAAACCGAAAAUAACAUCAUCGGCAGCCGGUUCCACUACGGCCACUCCGGUGAAGGCAUCAUCCGGGGCACUGACGACGACUUCGGCGGCUACAUCCUGUGUACCUAGCCCGGUACUAAGUCCCCAGCGAAAGGUGUGGGGCCGCAACAACAACGGUACAAUGGUUGAAACUUCCACCCCGUCCAAUGAGGCUGAGCUUCAGCUGUAUCGAGUGCUACAGAGGGCAAGUCUGCUAAGCUAUUAUGACACUUUGCUUGAAAUGGGUGGGGACGACCUGCAGCAGCUGUGUGAUGCUUGUGAAGAGGAGUUUCUGGAAAUAAUGGCACUAGUGGGAAUGGCAUCGAAGCCUCUCCACGUAAGGCGCUUGCAGAAAGCACUUCACGAGUGGGUCACGAACCCGUCCGCCUUCCAAAGUCCUCUAGCAAGCGUAGACACACAAUCACGGCUGACGUACAGUCCCGGACCAGGAUCGAUAGCACGUAGUGUCAGCAGUUACUCUGCAGCCCCGGCAGCAACGUCUAGCUUCAUUGUGAAUCCUUCAUCCAGUACAAAUCUACAGCCGUCUUCGUUAGGUCAUCUAGCAACUAGUCUUAGUAGUAGCAUUAGUAGCAACGUGGUCAGCCCAAUCGGUUCAACCACGGCAAGUUCGUUGCAAUUGACACCCAGCCUAACCGAGGAUCAAAUCAUCAAAAUUAUUCAAGCGGCCGAACGACUGUCUCGAACGAUACCUCGGCACCUCGAACCACGGCAGCAGAAUGUAAAAAAACGGACAACCCGCGACCUAGAACAGGUGAUCGCUAUGAGCGAAAACGAUCCCCGCCGAAUGGAGGAAAUACGAAAGUAUUCCGCCAUCUACGGCCGUUUCGAUUGUAAACGGCGACCGGAGAAACCGCUGACUUUGCACGAGGUCUGCGUGAACGAAGCAGCUGCCCAAAUUUGCAAAUACGUUCCAGCUCUGCUGACCCGGCGGGAUGAACUAUUCCCGCUGGCACGGCAAGUUGUAAAGGAGUGUGGCUUUGGGCAUUCCGCCAGCAUACGACUGACUGGAUUGUGCCAAACCCAAACUAGUCGGCACGAUGAAAUGGACACCUCGCAACAGAUGAAGCGAGCCCGCCUCUCAAGUGAUACCAGUUCCGAUCUCGGAAAGGAAAACUCCGAUGACAACAGGGAUCUGUCCAGCACCUCACUGUACCAGCACAUGGGCGACAAGCCGUUCGACCUAACCGAUUCAAGUAAAUUUUCGUUUACCCGAUCCGAAUUUGAUGACGCAGAUUCUCGAUUUAGUUUUAGCAAUUCAAGUUCGUCACCAGUUCAAACUGGAAAUGGAAUCGACCGAGAUUUGAACGAUCACGACUUUCCGGAGCACCUACGACACGCGGCCAGGUCGCUGAUCGCCCACGACAGCUCCCUCGGGGUGCAGGUGAUAUCGUCAUCCGGUGGUCACAUCAUCGCGGUAGCGAAUCCAGCAUUGGCACUGAGUCCAGCUCUGAGUGAAGCCAUAACGAUCAAGAGGGAAGCAAUUUCACCUGAUUUAUAACGAUCCCGCGGAGCCGUUUGUACAAAUUUUCAGCAUACCAGGCGCAAGGAGACCAAUACAUUGUAAAAAGGCUAUUAUCACUUUUUUUUCUUGAAAUAUUUUGCGAUAUUACAAAACCAAAAACAAAAAUUGGCAACUAGUCCACAAACUUUUUAAAAGUUUAAAAUUCAAAAUUAGACAAAAUCACUAGAAAAAACUUUUUUGGCACAUAAAUAAAAAACGAUUAGACUGUUCCUGACCAACUUUUUGGUUUGCUUAAAUUUGAUUUCUUUUGAAUUUACGCAUUUACGCAUCUAUGUUUUUAAGGUAUAGUGCAAAAAAGUUGAGCCUUGUUUGACUCAAGAAUAAUUAUGAGACUGUUCAUAACGAAUAAACUUUUUUUUUGUUGUUACAAUUCUAGUUUCAGUUCUUUAUUACGUUUUAGGUACUUAUCAUUUUGAUGAUUAUGUAAAUAGUCUAUUAUACAUAUAUCGUUGUGUAUAACUUUGUAGCUGUAAUACAGUGUAAACCAUACGUUGAAGUAUACUUGGAAGAAUAAAGGAAAAUAAACUAAAUAUGUAUAAAAAAUCGUACAAAUUAAACAA